AUGCCGUCCGACACGAGCAACUGGAUCAUCAGUGUGCCGGUGCAGGAAGAGAAAAGCCAGGAGCAGAUGCUCCAAGACAUGGUGACGCGGCUUGUGCGUGAUUCGGCUUGCGAUGAAUCAGACGUCGCUCCUCUCCGUAUACCAUCGCUGAAAACAGGCACACUCGAGUCUUUGAUCAUCAUGGCUGAGGAUCUGCCGAAAAUCGACAAUCUCUUUGCAGCGAUCGUCUCGCGCAUCGUCGAUGCUCUUCGUGCACUUUUGAAUGAUGACGAGGAUGCGCUUAAUGAGAACCUGAACAUUGAUGGCAUGAGCGUCGAGGACUAUGUAAUGUCGUGGCAGUGGAACAGUGGCAAGUACCGCAUUGAAAAGUCACUCAAUGAGCUGAUGGAGCUUUUGACAAAAGAAAUGCAGUCCAUCGAUCACAUCAUGAAGCAAAAGUUGUCAUCAUACAGCGCCGCGAAAGGACAGCUGCAGCAGCUUGAGCGGAAGAAGCAUGGCAACCUUACUGUGUGCUCCUUGGCUGACAUUGUGCACAAAGACGACAUGGUAGAUGCAAACUCAGAAUUCCUCGUCACGCUGCUCGUUGUUGUGCCGAAGAACCAUGCGAAAGAUUGGCUGUCUAAAUACGAGCGCCUCACGCCCAUGGUCGUCCCACGCUCGUCGUCAGAGCUCGCACAGGACGACGAGUAUAUCUUGUACAAUGUGACCCUGUUCAAGAAAUUCCAAGAUGAAUUUAUUCAAAAGGUGCGCGAGAACAAGUUCCAUCUCCGUGAGUUUGUAUGGGAUGAGGGUCUCCUUGCACGCGAGCGUGAAGAACUGGAAGAGGCUGGCGCAUCAGAAAAGGAGCUCUGGACAGAACUUUUGCGACUCAGUUGCAUCAACUUUGCCGAGGCAUACCAGGCCCUCUUCCACUUCAAGGUCAUCCGUACAUUUGUCGAGAGUGUGUUGCGAUUUGGUCUGCCAGCUUCAUACUUUGUGACGGUCAUUGAGCCGACACCUCGGAAAGCCAAGACCAUCAUCAAGUCACUUGUGAAUCAAUUCAGUUAUCUGAACGAAUACAUAUCCAGCAAGGAGAAGAAUGCCCCUGCACCUUCUACACAGCAGCAUGAAACGCCUGGCGAGUUUGUCAAUCUUCUCGAGCAGGAAGUGUUCCCAUUCGUCCUCACUGAGCAGUCCAUGAUCAUAGUAUAA